AUGAGUGAUAAGUUUAUUUUUAAAAAUAAAGAUGAAGAGUUCUAUAUCGAAGAAAUUCAUAAUGGAGAUGUAGAAACUAUUGUAGAAUUCUAAAAGCAUUUAGCAAUAGACAGCGAAGGAGUUCAGUUGAAUGAAGAGAAUGUAAGAACUGCAACUAAGUUUAUUCUUGAAAAUCCUGAAUAUGGAAUUCAUUUUAUUAUAAGAACAUUAACUCCUGUAUAGUAAAGUGUUUCUUUUGCUCUCUUAUGUCCUGAAAUAGAUUUAUACACAAACUAACAAAUAUGGUGGUAUAACUCUGUUUUUACUGAAAAAUCUUUUAGGAGAAGAGGGUUUUUCACAGUUAUGCAUGAGUUUAUAUUAAAAUGGGCUGGCCAAAACAAAAUCAAAUUGUAUGCUGACGAAAAUAAUUAAGGUGCUUUGCAAUGCUAUGAUAAGUUAGGACUAAAGGAUACAAAUGAAAUUUUUGUGGAAAUUGAUUUCUUUUUUAGCAAAGAGUAAAUUAGCUUCGAAAGAAAUUAGGAUAUUUAUAAGUUUAGUAUUGGUAAGCCUAGUGAAUGCAAUUAAAUUUUUGAUUCUUUCAAUAAAUUAAUAUCAAUAAGCAAUAAAGAUAAUCUUGAUAAAUCAGAUGGUAUUUCUACAAUUCUCAAAAGUAUAAAGUAAGGAGGAAUAGUCUUAAUAAAAGAGUAAAAUAACAACAAUUAAGAACAAGAAGAUAUAAUUGGUUUAAUAGUUUUUGGAUACGAAUAUAGUGAAUGGAAAAAGGGGCAUAAUUUAAUUAUCACAGACGUAAGACUAUCUCAAAAAACUUUAUAGGAUUCAAUUAAAUCAUAGUAAGUAAUAUAAAAUCUAGUUAGUUAUUUAAAAAAUGAGUAAGUUGAACUUGAAGCUUCAGUAUAAAGUAUUAGAUUUAUAGUUGAUAGAAAUAACUAAAAAUCAAUAGAUCUUUUAGUUAGCUCAAAGCUCCAACUUUCACACUACAUCAUACUUUCUAACUGA